GCCGCACGACUUGGAUCCGAUCGCUAUGGGUUGUGACGAUGCUGCGCUUCCUGGCUACAGUUGCAUCCACCACAUACGGCAAAGGAAUGAUAUGCGAUGAGUUGUCUUCAUCGACAUGUAUCCAACGGCUCCAUGUCGCACUUCAUGCGCAAGCACAUUCGUCCAAUGACCAUUUUGUCGUGGGAUCCGAAAUGACAUGCCGUGGAUUUGGCAAAGCGUUCGGAGCCCAAGGACACCACGUGCAGAUGAUGUACCCUGGGAGCUAUAGCUCCAUUGCCGAUCACUCGUGGGACAUUGUCUUCAUCGAAGGGUGGUUUCCAGCCAUUGUCGCGUUUAUUCAUGAAAUUCGACGCCUCACGCAAGGUCACGCAAAAAUCUACUUCUUCUGCCUCGAUCCCGACUUUCCAGGUUUGGAUACCAUCCAGCAACUGGACGUCGAUGCCUUCUUUUCCAACAGCCACGAUGCCCUCCGAGUCCUCCAACCGCAUGCUCCGCAUUCUGAGUUCAUGCUUCUCGCAGCGGAGCCUCCAUCGAGCGCUGGAUUCAGUCGCGACUCAAGUUCGCUCAAUGUUGUUUACGUCGGAAAUGUCAUCGGCAUCAAUACCAAGCGAGAUCUCGCCGAUAUGCUUCGCGAAGCGAUUCCCUUUGGUUUGACCAUUUACGGUUAUGCUUGGGACCUUGUACCAGAGUUCACUCCGUAUUGGGGCGGUAUCUUGCCACCAGAAGACCUCCCCAGGGUGUACGCAACAGCUCGCGUCGUGCUCGGCGCCACCAUGGACGGGCAGCGACGCAGCGGCAUGAUCAACAACAGAGUGUUUGAGGUACUUGCGGCUGGCGCAAUAUUGAUUAAUGAUCAUUACGAAGCCCUGGAGCAACUCUUGGAGGACCGCAUUCUAUACUACAGCAAGCCCGGCGACGUCGCUCGCCACUUGCUCGAGCUGUCGUCCUUCCCGUACUCGCCUGUCGAUUUGCAAGCGUUCGUCCGCUCGGCCCACACGUACAAUCACCGCGUUCGGCAAAUCCUGGCCGCACAUUUCAGCCUUUCGACGCGCCACUCGUGCACCGAUCGACUGCACUGCCCCAAGUUUGUCGUUGUCUUGGACGAGCAUGUCAUGACGUCAAAUUUUCUCGUGUCGCUGUUCGUACAAGAAGUGCUCCUUCCAGCGCUGGAGAACCUUCGCAACUAUUAUCACGUUCGACUUGUCUCUUCAGUUGGUGAAGUCAUGGCUAUGACAGACCUGGGUUUUCACGAUUUUGUGCUGGCUCUAUCGUGUUGGAACUGCCCCAUCGAUUUCGACCUCCGGCAGAGUGCUGUCAAUUCGCUCAUGGUGGGCAAAGGCAUGUACUUGCUGCGACCGCCUCCAAUCAAGGCACACGAUCUCGACUUUUACGACGUCCUAUUCGUCACAAGUCCCUUGGAUGGCGAUGUUCUGCUCACCACUCGAACGAAUCGGCAGCAUGCGUUUGGCGUUCCCAACCGAGGGCGCCAUCCUGCACGGACCAUCGCAGAUUCAACCUGCGAAUGGAUGGCUCUAGGUGACUGGACAGACGAUGCCCAACGGCUCGUUCACAUUCUCGACAACGCUGUUGACAGCUCCCAACCAAACGUCACCACCGUUGUUGUGUUUCCGGACCAUUCGAAGCUUGCGUUGGCCCACACAGUCGCGUACCUGCAAGCAACUCAGCCACGCCUGAUUAUUCGAUUUGCAACCAGGCCAAGUCAAGUGCUCGAGAUGUUGAUGGAGACGUAUCAAUGCAAUGCGUUGUACCUCCCCGCGACAGAUGAAGUCGGUGGAGGAGAUUGGGUGGUGGCGAUCGCUGCAACAUUGGGGCUAACACUCCAUGUGCAACCAGAUACAUCGAGGUGGUCGAGGACGUUCGUGGAUGUGCUCAACUCGACGUGGGACCUGCAAUACGUGACCAACGCCUUUCGUUUGGGCAUGACCCAGAGACUCUGCCUUGGCCACGGUGGCGCUUUCGUUCGUAUGGUGUGGCCUCUGGACGGCGCCGUCGUAGGCGAAAGCUUUGACGUUUCCUUUGAAACGGAGCGAUUCGAGAUUCCGCGAGACGGAAGCGUGUGCCUUUUUGUCAAUGACCAAGUGAAGGGAUGUCUUGUGCGACCAAACUUGAGUUUCGCCGUCGAGUGGCCGGAUCAAAAACGGAAUGACAUGCUGGUCCUGGAGCUGACCCUUCGUAGCAAUAUCUAUGGGAACGACUUUGCCAAGACGGAACCAGUGACAGUAUUGUUCGGCAAUGGCAGCCAAGAAACCUACCAGAUAGCAGUCGACCCCGUCUUCGUGAGCAACGAUAGGCGUCAUGAGCUGAUAGAUCCCAACUAGAACGAAGAGGCCAUGAUGGUCCUCACGUGAAAUGCAGCAAUUUUCAAAAAGAG